AUGACGUUCAGAAAAUGGAAGUUCGUUUUCAUUUUCCUUACCUAUCUCAUUGUUUCUAGUAGUUUUGCAAAAAACAACCCUCAAAGCGCUGUUUUCAACUCAGCGACGUACACAAGCGAUAAACCGCGUCAACCGAUGGACCAAACCUUUAACAUCAACAACUGGGGUUUUGGAAGCGCUGAUCGAAAAAUUUUAAAGCAGAUGAAAUACAAAAUCGACUCUCUUUAUGAGAAAUCCACCGCAACAGGUAGUUCACUUACAUCAAAAUUUUCAAAAUUAUUUGCGGGCUUCUUAUUAAGAGAGUGGCUGAUAUCACGAGGCUUAAUGUGAUAAUGCUAACGAAAUAUGUUCUAGUUUCAGUUUGCCCUCAAGAUGGUUGGGUCCGCUACGGAAACUUCAGUUACCUCAUCAUCAACAUUCGAACCCUGAAAUGGAGCGAUGCUCGACGAACAUGUCAGAUGCUUGGAGGAGACCUCGCUAUAAUAAAAUCAGCUGCUGAGAAUAACUUCAUAUUCACCUUGCUCAAGAAACAGAAAACCAUCACCGAUUGGGGUGUGUGGCUUGGUUUUGUCCGGGAGGCGGAUAACAAGUUCUACUGGAUUAAUGACACUCCACUGGCGAAAGGUUACACGGCUUGGGCAAGCCGCCAGCCAGACAACGUGAGCGAAAAGUGUGGAAACAUGUUUGGCUCGGCAAAAGGCGCAGGAGGCAAGUGGAACGACUUAUCUUGUGAUCUCGACCCAGCAAACCAUUGGAAGGUGGCCCCAGUUAUCCUUUGCAAGAAAAUCCAAAUUAUGUGA